CGGCAAGUCGGCUCGGGGUCCUUCAAGCUCGUCUACAAGGCCCGUUGGCUACAGAGCCAGAGGGAGAGCCAGGUCGUGGCGAUCCUCCGAAUCCGAGGAAGCGGAUCCUUUGGGAACAACGAGGAGUUCGAGAAGGAGUUGCAAAUCUUUCAGCAGCUCGGCCGCCAUCCCAACCUCUUGCGCCUACUCGCUGUCACCAUCGAUCCGGCCUCUGGCGACAGCUGCCUCGUCACAGAGUUCGCGCCCAAGGGUUCUCUCGAUAUCAUGCUGUCCGAGUUCGCCGAGAAGCAGGAAGCUGUCAGCCUGCUUGUGCAGCUGCAGGUGGCGAAGCAGAUCUGCGACGGGAUGGUACAGCUCUCGCUGCAUGACGUUGUGCAUCGAGACCUGGCAACGAGGAACGUGCUUGUCUUCAGCCUCGACGUGCGCGAUCAUCUCGGUGUCUGCGUCAAGAUCGCUGACUACGGGCUUUCCAUCGUCGCCUCCCGAAGGCAAGGAGAGGGUCAGGGAGCGAGCGUCAGCACAGCAGGGACGGCAGCUCGGCCGGUAAGGUGGAUGGCGCCUGAGAGCAUCAGGAGGAGGCAGUACUCGGAGAAGAGCGACGUGUGGUCCUUCGGCGUUACCAUGUGGGAGAUCUGGACGCAUGCUGAAGUCCCUUACGGCGCUUGCACUGAUGACGCGGCGCUGGGAUGGAAGGUGGUGGAGGGAGAGCGGCUUCCUCCUCCUCCAGAUUGUCCUGCGGCAGUCUACACCAUCAUGCGGGAAUGUUGGAGGGAGAAUAAGCACGAGCGUCCGAGCUUC